GGGGGAGCAUUUCCGUCAACGGACAAGCAGAGUGAGCUUGUUUGUUUAGUUUUGCUUUUGAGGUCGUAAAUUUGUAUUCAUUUCGUGAAUUUCAGUAUGGCUGAAACCACAAAGAAGGAUGAGACAGCGGAGGAUCCUGAGGACUACGAGAAGUUGUUCGCACACAGGUUUACCUCAGAAGACCGCGAGUAUCAGGAAUACUUGAAACGACCGCCCGACCCGCCUCCCAUUGUGGAAAACUGGAGGGGCCGCGGUGGAGGAAACCACAGAGGCAGGGACAACAGGUACCAGGACCGGCGGGCGUACGGAGGUCGUGGUUGGGGAGGGGGCAGAGAUUAUGGCGGAGAGCGUGGCUGGAGAGCGGAGCACCGGGGGCAGCAGUGGCACGACCGCGAUAGAGACAGGUCCUACGGCAGGGAUCGAGACAGGGACCGGUCGCCCCACAGAGGUGCAGAAAGGUCCUGGGACAGAGACCGAGACAGAGCAAGGGAGUACCGUGGAGGUUAUCAGUCCCACCCUCAAAGCUCCAAUCAGGUUUACAGCCAGAGACCACAGUACGACCGCUACUAAUGCCUCUCAGGUUUUCUCAGUAUUUAUAAGGACAUUAAACUUGUAUUGAAAUUAUAGAUGUAUGGAAAUGCACAAUAGUUGAAUCAUAUCUUUUUACAUAUGCCUCAGUGUUAGAAGGGGUGACUGGCUGUAUCAACUCAAAAACUCAGCCUGUGUGUGAUUUUAAAGCAAGAGGAUAAAACGUUAUAAAUGCAACUACAGUUCUAUGAAUCUCGAAUGAGUAGGGAUGAAACAGAACCUUUUAUUAUUCUCAGUGCUUAUAGCAGAGGCAGAAAAAUAUAAAGGUGUAGGAACAUUAGUCAAAACAUUAGUCAAAACAGCUAUUUCCCACAUAACUCACAUUUAAAAAUGUUUCCACUAAGUGGAGAAUUAAAUUUUUCAAAUCAGGCUGAGAAAGCCUGAAGGAGUUACUCCAAAUGUGACAUAUAAAUUGAUGCUUUUCUUGUUUCCCAGGUUUUAAAAUGGACAGAAUUCAAUUUUUUUCCCCAUUUUUGUCAGCUACGUUUAGGGCCAUCUUAAAAUACAACACAACUGCACUGAAAUGGCUAGUGAUUUGGGUAUGGGAAGGCGUAUUAAUGCUACUUUUAACAUAUUUUUUGAGGAAACCUAUGUCGACUCUAACUGAUUUGUAUUUCAGUUACGUCUUUUUUUUUUUCUUGUGUUUGUUUUUGUAAAACUGCUGUAUGACGUGUACGACGGCAAUGAAUUAACUGAAGAUGACCAUAUUUUUCUGACAUAUUGUAGGAAUUAAUUCAUCAGAACUCAAUAAACACAUAUUUUCAUACAAA